AAUGUGCUUAGUGAUGGUAGAUCCUAAGCUGGCACGUGUCAAUGUGAAGAGCAGCGGACACGGACAACACGAUCAUCAUGAUCGAGGCACCAAAAAAUCUGGGAAGUUUUGCUCACCUGCAGGGAAAUACAAAAUACUUCCCCAUCGACGCUGCCCAUGGGCAUCAUCUGAGCCCGGGGUCUGGUAAUCCUGUUUUGGACAAGAAAUGAUGUUCGUGUACGCUGGGAUUUAAGAAAACAUCCCUGUCACCGCAAAUAAAUUUCAAUCGACGAAGAUCUGAAAAACCGAUUUUAUAUCUCAAAGCCAUUCGCCUAAACCUGCAAUCGAUGAAGCAGAUGCAGCAGCUCUCCUAGGGCACAUCGAAAAGAGGUCAGAAUAACUCGGAAUCAUUAACAUGCCUCGCACUAAUGAAAACAAAAUUUUGAUUUAGGUUACACCUAUUCCUUCGGAAAGACUUGCUCUCUUCAGCACUGACUUCUAAUUUUGGAAUUAACCUGCCGCUACUUCAGCUGCAGCUUUAAGUGAAAAGGAUUGUAAGAUACUUGGCGAAGGUCGGUGAUCUCCAGAAACACCUUGUUGUUGAGUUCGAUAUAACUCACCAAUAAAAUAUACAAUGCGAAGUAAAUCAAAGGCGGGAGAACAAUUCGCUUAUUAAGUUGUUUAAUGGUUCAUGUUUUUUAUUGGGUUUUUUUUUUUUUGAUUUAAGGUAAAACAAAUAGUUUAAGGUAGAGGCAACGUGACAAAAUGCCUUCAUUAUGUAUUACCAUCGUAAAUUGUCCUGUUUGAACAGACCUUCUUCACAGAGCGCAAGAUCCAGUUUACCUGACCUGACAGGAUGGCACUGGCUUGGGUUGAACCCGAGCAACGACGAAGACACCGACACCAAUUCAGGGAUCAUCAGAUCUCGUGAUAGAAUGCCGCGAUGGUUCAUGCGUCACGCCCGCAUGUGUGUCACCGUCACCUGUUGCCUUCUGUAUCUACUAGCGAUGUGUCUCUCUGUCAACUGCAACGAAACAAGCAGCCAGAGUUUCCCUGAGAACGCCUCACUUAAGGCUACCAAGUCGUGUACCAUGAAAAUGUGGAUACAAAUCCUGCGGAGCCUAAAGUUCCCAUUAAUAUCUAUCCUCGGCGUCAUUAGCAUCUCUUUCGUUACCAGGCUGGUGUUUUUCCUAUGUGCGCUUUACACAUGGCGGUGUCAGUUUCAACGGUCAGCCGCCGCCUCAUUUGGACCUUUCACAAAACCUGCAAAACUGCUUCAAAUGUUCAUCAUUGUCUGUCUAGUUAUCGCCAUUUAUACACUCUGCUCCCUAGCCUUCAACGAGGACUUGACGUUCGUAUGGGCAGAAGUUUUUGCCCCUGCUGGAUUAGCCACCAUCAUAACGGUAAGCCUAGGCAUAGAAGGGGACACCGAGUUCGAGAAGAAUUUCCAGCACAAGAAUGAAAAAGACGGUUAUGUGUAUGGUCUGGCUCAUGCGUACUUUCAAGAUAUGCUCGAACCCUUCCUGACACCCUGGGGUCAACGGCAGACUCUCCUGAGGUGGUGGAGCGACUACGGCCCUUCAGAAACCUUUCUCGUUCUUCUUGUAGAAUGUACUCAUUUUGCUGAAGAGGUAUUUAUGAAUGAGGAAUUGGCUCAAGAUGUCGAAAUCGUUGACACAAAAAAUGGUGUGUUUUUGCUGAGAAUUAGCUUGGGGCGUAAAAAUGAUCGUUUUUUCUAUGUUCAUGUGCCCGUGUUGAUCAACGAGCAUCUGCUAUCAGUGCACGACUGGUUCCGCUCCGAUGGCCGAACCCGUCUACCUCUAGACGAACAGAAGGCAGAGUACGAAGCUACUUUGUACAAGCUUCUACGUGACAAACGACAGGCGGUGGACGGGGCGCUGGGAAGGGUGCUUUUUUGGCGAAUUCCAAACGUUUCCGUCCAGCGUAUCCCUGACAUUCUUCGCCGUGGUCUCUAUCGUGCAUUCGGAACGCCAAAUUCAGAAUCAUUCCUAGAAAAUAUCACUCAAGUUUGGGCUCAAAACACUAAUGACAAGGCGACUGGCAGUCCUGAGAUGGUCCGCCGAAGAAUAUCUAAUAGCGACAGAAGCUCUAGCAAUCGUGAUUCUGCUAUGUCUGGGUCCAGCGGAUGGUCCACGUGUUCCACUGGAACAUGUUAAGAAUAUAAUCUAAUCGUCCUCAUAUUUGCAUUCUUAAUUUUUUAAGCUAAUUAUUUUUUGUUGGCUUGUAAACCUUGUGGUAAAAGAUGCAAGCCUUGUAUCAAGGGAUAUAAUUAUUGUGGUAAAGAAUGUAAACCUUCUGAUAAGGAAUUUAAACCUUGUGGUAAGGGAUUUAAACUUUGUGGUAAGAAAUGUAAGCCACGUGGUAAGCGAUGUAAGCCAUGUGGUAAGGGAUGUAAUUCAGAUGUCAGCAAAACUUAUAUUAUUUUUAUGCACAGCAAUAUAAAGCUUCAUACCAUGGAAGGAUGGUAAGUUGUGGAGAUUUCGGUAUGUAUAUAUGUAUAAUGUAGAUUCUAUGCUACAUUAUAGAACAUCAGUUACGGACGGCUGUUCCACGAACAAUCUAAAACCUUUCAACCACCUUGGUAUCACCCCGCUCUCAAAUUUGUGUUACAUGUUUGCAUGAACAAAAUAGAUGAAGUAUGUGGGAAGGUCUUCUAGCAACCUGCAGGUGGUCUUGGGUUUCCACCGGGCUCUGCCCGGUUUCCUCCCAGCAUAAUGCUGGCCGCCGUCGUAUAAGUGAAAUAUUCUUGAGUACAGCGUAAAAGACCAAUCAAAUAAAAUAAAUAAAUCAAAAUUGGUGAAAAAUCGGUCGUUGUGAGUUCAAGUUCAGCUCAUGAUGUCUCCCUCUACAAGUGAACGUGAUAAGGUCUCCA